GCCCUCAGCCUGGAUCCUCAGCCUGGAUCAUCCCCGUGUCACGUGCGAGCGCUGUGGAGGUGGAAGCGAAGCAGUGUUUGCGUCCCAGUUACCUAAUAGUGUUUGCAAAUAGAGCAGUUGGUGGAGAGAGGCCUCACUUUACUUCUGUCUGGCACUGCAGUGCCUCAGUCCUCUUCUCUCCCACAUCCCACAGCCAGGAUUUGGCAGCUGUAGGGUGCUUUUCAGAAGAAGCCCUUUCAAACCAUGUGAUCUGGAGUUCAGAAAGCUGAGAGACUUCAACACCCUUGAGAUGCAGGGUUCGGCUUGGUGGGCAGAGGGACUCUCACAUUCCCACUUGUGCUGCUGAGGAGGACUGGGAGGGCACAUCUGCAGCUGGAUGUCUGUGAACGACUGCACUGUGAACAUCAAACUCUUCUGCCACGGAGCUGAUGCUGUUCAGCUUCCAGGACUUGCUACUAUGUGAAAUUUGCUCCCUGCUUUGGAAGGGAAUGUUUUUGCCACUUGAAGUGGAUCUCCUGCUAGCUUAGUGUGCUAUGCCUGUGCCCUCCUGGCCUCCUACAUGCUGCAGCCAGCCGUCCUCCUCUCCGUGGUGGAGGAUCCCAGCCUUUUUAGUCUCACCUCUCGAGGAACUGCCUCUUGGUGGUUUAAUUGCUUUUCUUUGAGCAGCUGUAACAGCCCUGUGCCCUUGUUGAAUUCCAGAGACCAGAGCUGACUGCAGGGUGCAGUUGUGGAUGUGCUGGUGUUCAGCAGAGCAGCAAGUGAUGCUCUGUCUUGGUUUCACCACUCCUGAUGACUUUUUUUCAUCUGCUGCACCCUGACCUGAUCAUUUUGUACAACUGUCAGCAGUGUCUGAGAUAUCUUUAUUGAGUUUAUAAAUGCCUCUUUGAAUUAAAUGCUGUGAAGUUUUCCAUAAAGAGAUGAGGGUGAUGCUGCCACUGCAAGGAGGUGGUUUUUAAUCCUUUAGAAAUAAAAGGAGGGGAGAUGGAUCUUUAAAUUAGAAAACUGCUGUUGCACUCUUUUGUAAUUGGGUAUUCCUGACUCCUUUGGGAAGACUUAGUCUGAUUAGGGUGUUGUACUCUUUUAUGCUCUGUAUUGACAUGGGAGGCAGCCAUCUGUAGUACUGGAAUUAGCUUUAUUAGAGAGAGUGGUUUAUGCAGCAGCAUUCAUGUGGUUGUGAACCCAUGAAGGAAGUUGCUAUAUCAGAGUUAUUUAGAAAAACCUGGAAUGUCACUGCAUCUCACUUAAGUGAGGAUGGUGUAUCUUCUGCUUGGAAAAGCAUACCCUGAAAUCAGCUCAGCUGAGGUGCAGUAAUCCUGAAGUAGCACAAAAAGAAGCCGUUGUGCUUUCUCUCAAAGAUCACAUGGGUAUUUGAGUGCCUUGUCAUGGUUUUAAUGCUCUGGAUUCACCAACAGGAGGAAGCCCCCAUACCUGUGCUCAGAAUAAUGCAGGUGGUUAUGAGACUGUAAGAUUUCUUCCGCUCAUUUAUGGAGACACUCUACUUAGUGGGAGACCUAAGUAUGACCUCCCUAAAUUCCUGGGAAAGUUUGCUGCACCUGCUCCUACCACCAAAUCACUAUUACUUUUCCCUGCCCCCGGAAGAUGGAGCUGGAUUUCUGCACAGUGCUGGCUUUGCCUUCCUUGACCUCACAAGCUGAGCUGCUGCUCAGUCUCUUCUUGUUCUAUACAGUCAGGGAGGCAGGUUUGCAGCUGUGCAGGCUAAGGGCAAGGUUAAGUGGUCACUUAGCAAGUGGCCACUGCUCAGAUGACACUCUGGUCCUGCAGGGAUGCCUCUGCAAAAGUAGCCAGGAAGGUACAGGAAUCACAGCAGGAGGAACUCACAAUGAUGUUGAGUUACAUCACAGUCUGCUUUCUGAAAACUCCUUCUGUUCUUUGAUAUGACAGGUUUUCCAGAGGCACAUUUUGUGCAGAGUUUGCACUUUUGCCUUGUACGACCCCUCUCUCCCUCCACUCGCACACUGGGAGCUGCACAGUCUCCUCCUAGACAGCGUGAACGCUUGGAGCUGGAGGGUCUCUCUGCAGGCGUUUGGCUCUCGAUUCUUGUCUCUUCGUUGUUAAAUAUUUACAGUGAGACGUACCAGAUGCUUCCCAGGAAGGGUUUUGUCAGCUUCCAAGUCCCCAGAUGCAGCUGCAGAAGAGGCUGACGGCCAUUAAAGGGAUCGUGUCAGCACGGGUUCGGCAGCGAUGCAGGGACCUCCUCUCGCUCGAGCCGCGGGCACCGCUGGCCGCGCUGUCUCAGCCAUAGAGGGAUCCAGGCAGAGAGCACCCUUCUGCUGAUGCCAAGAGAUUAAUGAUGGCUGGUCCUCAGGCUCUUGUUUUAAUUCUGCUUUGAAGCUCUUUCACUGCAGAAGGAGCAGGUGAUGCUCUUGGAUUUUGUUGUUGCACCUUUUUUCUAGGGCCAUCUCUCUACAGUAGUGAUGCUGCCUUGGCUCCUCCUCGGUUCUCAGUACACUGGUGUCUAUCUUGGUAACCUAGCUGCCCUGAGGAGAGAGGGGUAGACUGAUCCAGGGGGGCAAACUCCUGUCACCUGCUCUGGGCAUCACCAGCCCAUGGAGAAGCCAGCAUCUGGAGCAUUGCUGCCGAAUGUGUCUCCGGUGCUCCUCACACUGGUCAGGUUCCCAGUGUGCUUCCUGCUUUCAAGAUAAAGUCCAGGGCCUUGGGCUAGGUCCCUGUUCGUUGCUCUUGAUGCUUAUCAGCUUUUGCUGCUGACAAGGUGACCGUCUGCAAAGCAUUGAGGAUGGGCAGGGAGGGUUCCCCCAGUCUGGGCUGUAUACUGGUCUGGCCCCUCCACCCAGGAUUGCUCCUGUGCACACAGGGAUUGCUCCUGUGCCAGCUGUCCCUGUUUUAAGUAUUACAACUCCUGCUGGCUUGAGGGUCUUCCCGGGUGCCAUGGAGGUAGGAUCCUGGGAGGUGGCAGGUCGGCUCCUCUGAGGGGGGGCCAGGGAGGAGCAGGCUCGCUAGGUCAUCGUUUUUCCAACUAAAUAUAGUUGCCCGUGCUUUUAUAAGGUCGGGAUUUUUGCAUCACGUGACCGCCUUAUCCCUCCCAGCCUGCAGUCAGAGUAGGGGAUCGUGUGUCUGAAUGGGUAAUAAUUAACUGUUAACUAGCUUUUCAUUAGAGCCUGGCAGACGGGCAGAACGGUGCAGCAGAGGUACACAGGAGCAGAGGAAACUGCACCUGAUCUCUCCUGGAGGGUGGACACCCCCCUUUAAUUUGCAAAUCACUUGUCCCCAAAGGUGAGUGGGUUGGGUUGGGUUUUUUAAUUUUUUUAUAAGGAGUUGUGAGUCUUGCCUGGUGUCUGCCUUUGCUGUCCUGUAGUUAGUUCCUCUUCAUGUCAACCCUCCCUCUCCCCCGCCACUGGUUUUAGUUUUUAUAUCAUGAACUAUCAGUUGCUUUCUGAGCUGGCUUGGAGGAGGGCCUUACCCUCCAUCUCUUCCACAGUUUGGCUCACUUGCUUACCCUGGGCCCCUGCAGCCUUGCCUCAGGUGCCCUCGUGUCCCAGCACUGGUGUCCUUGCUGUGCCUCGUGCCUGGAGCAGCAGCUGGAUGGACUCGUGCCUUUUCCCAGGGGCCCAGGCUGACAUGGUGUUUUCUCUGGAGUGUUCUCCCUGGAGCACCCCUGGCUUUUCCAGCCCCUCUCCCUGAACCAUUUAACCUAACGAGUGUUCGCAGGUGUCCUUGAAGGUUUUUCUGCCUUCCAUGCCGGCAGAGGAAUUUCUAGUGACAUGCUCUGCCGGCUGGAGGUGUGUCUGCACCAGACAUACUGGGUCAGGCGCUGGUGCUGGAGCAGCCUCUCCUGCAGAGGUGGUGGGUGCCUUUUCCCUGCUCUGAGAGAACGGGAUGGCUCAGCAGCUGUGGGGGCCUGAGCCAGCCCAACUUCCUCAUUUUGACAGUUUCUGAAGUCUGGUCAGCUGGGUGACCUUGGCUGUGUCCCCUGUGUGAUGAUUCUUGGUUUCUGGGAGCCAUUGGCUUCCCCUGGAGGGAAUCCUUCGCUUAGGAGUUUUGGUUUUCUUUUUGCAGAACACUGGGUGGGAGGUGAUUCACGUGCCGUCUCGUUCUGUGUGUGCCUGGCAUCUCAGGAAUUGUGUGCAUGGGUUGUGUGUCAGGAGUUUCCUAGAAAUCCUCUUCCGGGAAGAGCUUUCCUUGAAAAGGCGGUGGAAAGAUGUCACUCGCCCUUAAGAAGGAGUUCAUUUGCUACCUUUAGUAGUAGCUGUCUGUGCCAGGAAGAAUCCAGGGUACCCUCACUGACACUGUUAAUGUUAGAAAUGCCUGUCGGCGUUUCCUAACCCGCUCCUCCUGGAGUGUAGCCUGGGCACGAGUUGAAGUGUUUGUGUCUUGGACUGAGAGGCUGCAGUGAAGAUGGUCAUGCGUUUUUGGUAAGUCCAGACCCUUCCUGCCCCUCAUUUGCUCUGGAAAUAAAUGUCAGAUUCUGAAGAUAAUGCAUGUGUGUGUAGAGCUUGUAGCAGCUUGGUGUAUGUAAAGGAGCAGUGCUAUUGCUCAGCUCCCUGAGGAGGGCUGUGGUCUGACUGAAGCCCCUGCUCGCUGUGAGGAUCUGUGCUGUCAGCAGAGAUGGGCUCUGCACGUCUUGAGCUGCUCCUCCUCUUCCGGGAAUUUCAGGACUAUCAGCUGAGGGAUGUGAAGGCUUGGAGAGCUGGGAUUAUAACUGAUGUGCACACUCAGCCUGUGACAAUGCUGUCCUGGCUUUACCUGCCUGUACCCCAGCCUCCUUACCUGCACUUUUCCGGGACAAACUCCUGAGCUCCUGGAGCUGCGUAGAACACUCAGGUGGGAGUGUUCUCAUGCUCUCUGUGGAGCUGUCAGAUGCCCUUUUUGAAGUUAUUUUUAGCGAGUGAUCUUUGCAGCAGUUACAGAGCUUACAUUGCAGAGAGGUGUAGGCAGCUCCUUGCUUCCUUUGCUGUUACAGUAGGGCUUGUACGCUGGAGCUUCUGUCGAGGAGCUGUGGAAAAUUGCUUGGAAGGCUUUGAGCCACAGUACCUGCAGCUUAUCUCCUGCUCCAGCUGAGGAGGCUUCCCAUGUGCUUUACAAACCUGAAUCCUGCACAGCCAUUCACCUUAAGGAUCCAGUCUUCUGCUUGGUCCUGACCUUGGCCAUUCUUCUGCAGUUUUUCUUGCAUGUACAGGACAUUGCUAAGGUGUUGCAGAUAUUCCUCUUACUUUUGUAAGCAAAGCCAAAUGCUGCCUGCUGGGAGCUGUGAGACCACGUGCUGCAAGUGUUGGGGCCAGCUGUAGUUCUCUGCAGUCCCCAGGAGCAGCUGGGAGCCCCUGUUGUGGAGACACCAACCCAUUUGUGCUGGAAGAUGUCCUUGUGAUAACAUCUCAUUUUAAAGCUGUUGCAGAACUCCAUCCAGUGCUCCCUUGUUUCCUCUCUGGCUGCAACUGCGAUUUGGUGGGAGGUAGAGCUGGUGGUAGGUAAAACAUUGCAGACCUAGAGGAGGUGCAAUCUGUAGGCUGAGCCUGUCCUGAACCUUUUUGGCUUUGUGUGCCUUGUUAUGCCUUCAGCAAAAUGUGAGCAUGCCAAGCAGUCAGUGCAGUAAAUCCCAGGCUUUUCCGCUCGUGUGUGGAGCUGCAGCGACAAGUGUUUCCCAUCUCAGCUCUGGCACACAGCUGAGGCUGUGCUGGGAGCAGCUCCUUGGGAGGCAGGGCAGAGCUGGAUCUGCUGAUUGGUCUCUGGGGGUAUCUGCAUCUCUCUGCACACAGGGUGCUACCAGAUGGCUCCCUGGGAAGGCUGAGGUCCCCUCCCAUCUGCUGGUGCUUCCCAGCCCCUUGCAGCAAGGGUGUGUUGCCCACCACAGCCUCUUGCUGAUGCAGAAAUGGGUGUAGCACCCACAAAAGGGGCAUAAUGUGUUUGCCCAUUCCCUAAGGCUUCUCUGCCUGUAACUUUAGGGAGGCCUCUUGGGAUGGACUCGAAAAGAAAAAAGCUGUGUCACUGUCUGCAAAAGGUGGCUGCUUGUGGGAGCAGGGACUGUUGGGCUUGCAGGUCACAUCUGGCCUGCAGGACUGGUCCUGCAAAUGUCUCUGUCUGCUGCUGGUGGAUAUGAAGCUCACCAGCUGUGUCCUCUGAUGGCUUGGACAGGCUCAGACUCCACGUUCUGUGCUGAGUGCAUGGACAGUGAUGAGUGCCACAGGAGAGUCUCUAAAUCCGUGCCAUGCCCUUGCUGCUGUGCAGAUCAGGCCACCCUGGGAGAGAGAUUGCUUGAGGCCUGGAGGGUUGAUGCUCUGAAUUUCCCAUAUUGGGAAGGUGGGGAUGCACCUUUGGAGCUGUUCUCCAUUGGCUCCCUAGGUCUUCUUUUAGGCCAGGAAGGAGAUUCUUGCAGCCACAGUGGGGUCCUGGCAGGCCUGGCUUUGGCUGGUUGCCUGCUGGGUCUGUUUUACGGGAAUUUCUUUGUGGGUUGGUGCUGUUUCACCACAUCUUUCCUGUGUAUCAGUACCCCAGGAGGGACUCUUCUGCCCUCACAAAAUGACUGUGAAGGACCUGUCUACCUCCUGGAAAAACAUCUAAUCCCACUUAGAAAAAAUUUUAAACAUUUUUUUCAGCUCACUCUUGUCCAGCAUUCACUUACUCUUUCUCACCUAAAAACCUUGAUGGUGGAGUGGGUGUCCCGUUGUGUUGGUUAUGGCUUACAGUCUUCACAUGUGCCAGGAGUGUUGUGUGGAGUGUGGGAAGGAGGGAGGAUUGUUUGGAGACAGAAGAGUGAAGUGGAUCCUGGUGGACUGCUGGGCACGUGGCUGUCUGUCCCACACAGCACCCUCCAGCUCCUGCCAGGGCUCUGGGGAUACUGGUUUGGCUCUUGCAGGAGGAGGAGCUGCAUCACAGAGCAUGUGUCCCUGCCUCAGCCCCUUCAGCACAAAGUCCAGGCUCUUGGCUUGGAACCACCUUUAUCAGCAGUUUCUGGCAGGUGCCAGGCUGUGGAGCAGGGAGCAGGAUGGCUCCUUUCUGUCGACCUGGCUGCUGUGUCAGGGACAGUGUGCCAGAGCUGAGGACUCUGCAUUCCUGCUGGGAGCUUGGGCUGUCCUCUGAGGCUGUCCCAGCUGCUGCUGGGGUUCUCAAAGCCCUUGUCUGCCCUUGCACAUGAGUGGUACACCUGGAGCAGGCAUUACAGCAUUCUUGCUGUAGGUACAGGUAUUUUUCCAGUAAUGCCAGGUCUGUGCCCAGCACUGCAGACUUAUUCCCUCUCUUCUCUAAAAUUCCAUUAUAAUUUCCAUUGGAUGCAAGGGAAGGCAGAAAACCAGUUGCUGGGUGUUUGGUUUCAUUUUCCCUGAUAAGGUAAUAGAUGUCUCUUUGACUUGAGUUCAGUGGUCUGUGUCCCUGUUGGGGUGGAGGGACAUUUAGCUGUGGAUCUGCUGCAACUCUGGGUGUCUGCACAGCCUUGCCCUUGGUGUUUGUCAGCUGCACUGGGGAGUGAGUGUCCAAAUGAGUGAGUGCUCUGGCUGUGGCCUGGCCACGGGGAGGGUUUGGCUGUGAUAGCAGCAUUGGGGCUGCUGUGGGUGCUCCCACCUGUCCCUCGUCCCCUUGCUUGCUAAGGAGUAAUUUCCACGUGGCUGGGCAAUCCCAUGGUUGGGCAAAUGAUCAGGUUCUGGCUGCAGGCAGCAGAUCAAAACUCGAGACCUGCUUUUCUGUUCUUGGCUGUGCCAGCAUCUGCUCUGUGGCCGCAGGCAAAGCUGCUCCUUGCUUCCCUGCCCGCUGUCCCCGUGCCAGCCUCACACCACUAAAGCCCUGGCUCCUGCUGCAGCUGUUUUGUCUGUCCCCUCACACAGAGAGGCCCUGUUUUUCAGGAGGUGGUCAGGCAUUGCUAGUGCAACUGAAAUUACUUACUGCCACCAAACAGAUGCAAAAGGACGGUUGAUUGUGAGACGCCCAGAGGUCUGAGACAUCUGUCAGCAGCUUUGAAAGGCUCGGCUGUGAACCAGGGCGGUAUCCAGUGUCCCUCACUGCUUGUGCUGAGCUCCUGCGUGGAAUGAGCAGCACGCACUUGCUCUCCACUUCCCAGGCUGAUGCAGUCAGGUUUUCCUGCAGGGGGUCUUUUCAGCUGAGGACCACAAUAUGUGUUGCUGGUGCCCUUGGUUAUGUUGCUGUGCCCUGGAGGGUGCCAGGCGUGCAGGGCCUCUGCUUGCCUUGGUCUUGGCUCAGCAGAUGCUGUGUCUGGCCGUGUGCACCAGCACAGUCACACCCUUUCGGUCUCCUACUUUGGUCUCCACCAUGAAUUGCUGGAUCUCGGCUCCAUCCACGCUCCAUAUGCCCGAAGCCCCAGCCUGGAGCAGCCUCCCUGCUGGACUGCAGCCCUUGGCUUUGUGUUUUGUCUUCCGCAGUGCUCUGCAAAUGCUAAUUAGUCUUCUCAGCACCUCAGCGAGAUAAGGGAUCCCUGUUCAUAUCUUGCAGAUAAGGAAAGCAGCAGAACUUGUUUCAAACAAUCUCCUCCCUCCCCCGCAGAGAUGAUGGAGUCUGCGGCACCUGCCCCUGCAGCCUGUGCCCCUUUGUCCUCUUUCACUGCUGCUUGUGAGGCCCCUCUCUUUGAGUGAUACCCAGAAAAAAGCACGAGGGCAUCUAUAGCUUGAGGGCUCCUGAGGUGAAGCAGCUGGAGGCAAGGGCCAGAUGCCAUUGCUGUGCUGUGGUGGGAGCAGGCGCCUGGAUGGGAUCCUUGCAGUAAAAGAGGGAGCCCUGCUGUCCCCUAGCCCCGGAGAUCAGAGCCUGAUCAGGCUGUACCAGCCCCGACAGUGCUGUAGGAACAGGCAGGGGUGCUCUGUAUCUAUGGAAAACCAGGCUGGCUGUGGGCUUGUGCUGUAGCUCCUGGUGCCUUUUGAAGCUAUAUUUAGUUGGUGACAUCUGUGGGCGUUGAGUGGAGGAUUUUGGGGGCUGUUUUGAAAGCGCUGGCUCUUCCUACACUAGCAGGGAAAUCUAAAAGCCUUGUGGCAAGCUUUGUGCCGUGGAGCCAGGAUUCUCAAUGAAGUGCACAUGGAAUAAAUGAGGGACACAUGGGACUGCUGCUACUCAUGAGGGGAAGCACUGCAGGUGGGUUGGGGAAGUCCUGGGGUAAAAGGGGAGGAUU